UCCAAGUUCGGAUAAUUGCUAUUAACGUUCUCAUUAAACGGCGUAUAGUUUCGACCCUCCACGAACCCUAGCUCGAAUUUGGCAUAUCCGCUUCGAUCCCAUGAAUUCUCCCGUGUCUUUUCCCGGCAAAAUCUAGCACUUCAAAUACGACUGAGGAUUAUUACCUCGUCGUUCUGCUAGAACAAUGUCAAUAUCUUCCGUAGCUUCUCCUUCUAGAAGUUCAUUUAGAAAGCAGAACACAAGGCGACUUCCAUCAGUAAUCUCGGACAGAAGCCUUAUCGAAGGUCCUGCUUUCGUUAACCUUCCUGCUUUCCCUUCUACUGUGCACCCCUAUCGGCGAUUGUUGUUAUACCAGAGCAAGCCCAUCUUUUGGAGAAAGUCAACUCGUCGGUGGACUGGAGUUCCUUUGUCAGGUGAAGAUGUUGGUGAAGUGCGACAUAGGGAGGUUCAAGGCGAGCUGAGUUUCGAUGCUUUCCUAUCAGCGGCUGAAAUUUUUUGCAUUUUGCCGCCAUCCAUUUUUUCGAUAGGUUGCUUGCUUGGUUUGGCGAUUCCCGGUGCGUCUAAGCUGUUCCAGUGUUCACUUGGAAGCAAGUUUUGUGUUUGGCAGUUUUUUUUCUUGGUUUCUGCGGUGGCGAUUGAGGGAUUGAUUCGUAGGAGGCAGUGGCGGAGGAUUUGUGGGGAGAAUGAGGGGGCCGCUGGCGUUGAUUUAAUUGCGAGGAUAGAGAAGGUGGAACAGGAUAUGAAGAGCUCCGCCACAAUUGUUCAGAUGUUGUCGAAGCAGCUUGAGAAGCUUGGUAUUAGGUUUAGGGUCACAAAGAAGGCUUUGCAGGAGCCCCUUGCGGAGACUGCAGCUUUAGCAAAGAAAAAUUCUGAAGCAACUCGUGCACUGGCAAUCCAAGAGGACAUUCUUGAAAAGGAGCUUGUUGAGAUUCAUAAAGUCUUGUUGGCAAUGCAGGAACAGCAACAAAAGCAGCUUGAGUUAAUUCUUGCAAUUGGAAAGGCAGCACAGCUGUUAGAAAGCAAGAAGGUUUCUGGAAAAGAACAACUUCCAUCUGGUUCUGGUGUUCCAAUUCUGGGGAAGAAAGAAAACCAAGAACUUGAAGCCCAAAGUGUAGAUAAUAACCGGAUCUGAGACAUUUUUGUCUUCUUCAUUGAAAAUUUGUGGGAGCAAAACUGCAGUGAGGUUAGCUGAAUAGCGAUUGAGAGAAGAGUUUUACCACCUUUAUGCAGGAAAAGAGUGCUAGCACCUCAUCCAUUGCAACUUGAUGAUUUUUGAGGAUUCAAUUUAGUUUCAUUUUAUUCUACUUAUUUGAGAGAGAAUUUUUACCUAAAACUUGAACUGAAUAAAUGGAAUUUUGUAUGGGAAGUUGACUGCUCAUUAUUCUUUUCCUUUUUCUUGUAUAUUUGAUGCAAGUAAAUUUCAAUUGUAA